GAGAAUCAUAGGUGUAUUGUGUUUAAGACUUAAGAAUAUCAACUUUGAAGUCUGCUCAGGAUGAUUGGACCGCUGAUCUUACUGUUGUUCUGCAUAUCCCUUGGGGUCACAGAGGCACAAAAUCAAUGUUCCUGUGCCUAUAGCUGGACUCCAUUUCAAAGCAAAUGUUACCGCUUCAUUCCAGUGACAAAAGGACAUGCUGAAGCUGAGUUAUAUUGUCAAUAUCUUGGAGGAAACCUCGCCUCAGUGCACAGCGAAGAAGCCAACACAUUUAUAAAAAAUGUAAUUGCAAACAGAGACAACUCAAACCCGCAAACUUGGCUUGGAGGCGCUCGUGUUUCUCAGACAAACUAUUGGUACUGGAAAGAUGGAUCUGCUUUUAAUUAUCAGAAGUGGGUCCCUGGUCAGCCAGACAACUACUGUGGAAGUGAAGGCUGUUUGAUGACCAACGCAUAA